AUGAUCAUCUACCGGGACCUCAUUAGCCAUGACGAGAUGUUCUCCGACAUCUACAAGAUCCGGGAGGUAGCGGACGGGCUGUGUCUGGAGGCGGAGGGGAAGAUGGUCAGUAGUACAGAGGAUAACAUCGAUGACUCGCUGGUUGGCGGAAAUGCCUCCGCUGAAAGCCCCGAGGGAGAAGGUACCGACAGCACAGUAAUCACUGGUGUUGAUAUCGUCAUGAACCAUCACUUGCAGGAAACCAGCUUCACAAAAGAAGCCUCCAAGAA